UGAAGAAUGAGGUGUUUCCAUUGCAUUUAUCUGACUUCCCGACUCAGCAUGUGGAAGCAUAUCGGCUGCUAGAGGACAGGAAACACAAACUCUCACCUGAGACUGCCGCCCUCUGCCUGCUUCGACAACAGCACACACUACUGGAGACUGAGAUCAGCAGGAAGAGGAAGGAGUGUGAAGUCCUUGAGGAGGAGGUGAAGAAAAAGAGCCAGUCAUGUCAAACUCUAGAGAGUGAGCUUCAGCAUGUUCUGCAGGAGAAAGCGCGUCUGAAUCUACGCUUGUUCAACGAUAACCAGAAGGCAGCAAAGUAUGAGCAGGUGAAAAGCGAGUAUGAGCAGCUGCAGGAGGCUCUGUACACUGUGACAGUGGAGAGAGAUUGCGCUCUGUUGGAGAGGACUGAGCUCCAAGGCAAACUGGAGAACCUAGAGCAGGUGCUGAAGCAUAUGCGAGAGGCUGCGGAGAGGAGGCAGCAGCUAGAAUUAGAGCAUGAACAAGCAUUGGCUGUCCUCAGUGCCAAGCAGCAGGAGAUUGACCUUCUGCAGAAGGCUCAGGUUGAGGCUAAGAAGGAGCAUGAAGGUGCCGUCCAUCUGUUAGAGAAUCACUUGGACAGCAUGCAGGCUAAAGUGAGAGAACUGGAGGAAAAAUGCCGGACGCAGAGUGAGCAGUUUAACCUGCUUUCAAAAGAGCUGGAGAAGUUCAGGCUGCAGGCUGGGAAGUUGGACAUCCUGAGCAGCAGUCAGUUGACAGGGGGUGAUUCGCCCGGCUCACCCACCAAACCCCUUACCCUCUCCCAACUCCUCAACGGCCUCACUGCCCCUUCAGGGAAAGGUAAUGAGGAUUCGAUGAGUAAGAUCUCGGAGCUCAUCCGGCCUCUGCAGAUGACUGAGGGGGAAAAGGUAGAGCUCCUGUCUGUCAAACCUAGUUUCCUGUCUCGCAGCACACCCUCCAGCCCACGGCGGGGCUUCCUCUCUGAGGUGCGGCCUGUCAUCGCCACUGCUAUGGACAAAGAGCUUGGCUCGUCCCCCAGGUCUAAGUCCAGAUACACAGGCAAAGUGCGUCUGUGUGUUGCCCGCUACAAUUAUAACCCUUACGAUGGCCCCAAUGAGCAUCCUGAAGCAGAGCUCCCCCUGGUGGCUGGGAAGUACCUGUAUGUUUAUGGAACCAUGGACGAGGACGGCUUCUAUGAGGGGGAGUUGUUGGAUGGACAGCAGGGUCUCGUUCCCUCCAACUUCGUAGACUUUGUCCAGGAUGAGGAGCUUCCCUCGGCUCCUCUCUUGGACCACAUCAAGGAACCGUCCUACCUCAACCAUAGCCCUGCCUCCAUGCCCAGCAGCGCCGUAAGCACUCUGAGCACGCUGCUCUCAGAGAAGCUGGAUGCCCUGGGCUCGGGCACCGGGACAGGCACCAGCAGCAGCAGUGGCGUAAGCAGCUUGGGUAUGAGCACGGGGCUGGGCAUGGAUUAUCUGGGACCCUGCAGCAACGGCACAGGCACGCUGGACGUGAACAUCGACGAGAUCGGAGAAGACAUCGUGCCUUACCCUCGCCGCAUUACCUUGAUCAAACAGCUGGCCAAGAGUGUUAUCAUAAGUUGGGACCCUCCAGUGGUGCUCCCCGGAUGGACGCCUAUCAGUGGCUACAACGUGCUGGUUGAUCAGGAGGUGCGCAUGAGCAUUCCCUUCGGUGGACGCACCAAAUCUCUGAUCGAGAAGCUGAACUUGACCGUCUGUACGCACCGCAUCUCCAUCCAGAGCAUGACAGAACGGGGCCUUUCCGAUCCGCUGCGCUGCACACUUCUGGUGGGGAAAGACGUGGUGGUGGCGCCCUAUUACCUUCGUGUGGAAAACAUCACUCAAGCGUCUGCCGAGCUCACCUGGAUGCCGAGCAACAGCAACUACAGUCACAUGAUCUUCUUGAAUGAUGUGGAGUAUGAUGUAGUGAAGCCUGGAGGCUACAAAUACCACUUCUACAACCUGAAGCCCAUGAUGGUGUAUAAGAUACGGGUGGUGGCCCGACCGCAUCAGAUGCCCUGGCAGCUUCCUCUUGAGCAGAGGGAGAAGAAGGAGGUCUCGGUGGAGUUCUGCACACAGCCAGCCGCUCGCCAUGCGUUCUUGCAAAAACCUGAAGUUGGUACUUCAAGACUGAAUUGCUCCAGUGGUCCUCCUUUACCUCCUCAGGAUGUGCAAGUACAGUUGGGACAAACACCUGGAGUCUUGCAGAUUCGGUGGAAACCCCCUACCCUCACUCCAACCGGCACUUCCAAUGGAGCCAGUGUAAUGGGCUAUAUAGUAUGCACUAAAGGUCAAAAGAUAGCAGAGAUAAUGCACCCUACAGCAGAUUUCGUUACGGUGGAGCUGAACCGUAUCCAGUGUCUGGAAGCACGGGAGGUCAUUGUGAGGACAAUAUCAGCACAAGGAGAGUCGCAGGACUCUCCCGUGGCCACCAUUCCACACAGCCUCCUGGUGCCUCACCCCCAUGGACACCUUCAUCUCCAGUCUCACCCUCAGACUCACCCGCCGCCAUACCCGCAAGCCUAUCCCCCGACCCAUCCACAACCGCACGUCCAGCCCCACUCUGUCCCACCAUCCCAUCCUCAUCCGCAACCCCACAUCCACCCCCCACAUUCUUCGUACCCAAUGUCUAAACCCAAACUCCUACCAAGUGCCAGAGACCCCCAUGCCAAAGAGUCAGAGAUGGGCAGGCGACUGGGGCAGCCCUGGGAGCCGCAUCCCCGGGCACCAUCACCCCUACCGCCCCAUUCUCACCAAGGACACACGCUGGAGCUCCCUCAUGUAGAGGGUCGGCGCUCACCCUCCCCUCAGAGGAUCUUGCCUCAACCUCAGGGAGUGCCCAUUCCCAAUACAGUGGCCCGCGCCAUGGCGCGCCAGGCGGCGCAGAGAAAUGCCCCAAACAGCAGGGUGGAAAGGAGGAACAUCUUCAGCGACAGGGGUAAUGCCCUGCACUCUUUAAACUCAGACGAGGAAGAGGAAGGAUAUGAUUCCCCUCAUGCCAGGCGACGAGGAGCUUCUGUGGACGAGUUUCUCAGAGGUUCCGAGCUCGGCAGACAUCAUCAUCACUACAGUCACAGUGACGAGUAUUACACAGAGAGCAGUCGGGGCUCCGACCUGUCCGACAUUAUGGAGGAGGAUGAGGAGGAGCUGUACUCAGAGAUGCAGCUGGAAGAAGGCCGCCGCCGCAGCAUCAACUCACACAACACACUAAAGGCGUAUUACAGGCGUCAGGAUCUAGCGGUGGAGCGGGACAGUUGGGACCUGCAGCGGGAGGUGGUACGACAGCGCUCCUUGCGCUCUCACAAGAGGCUCCACAGCAUCCCGGAGGUUGCAGAGGAGGAUCCAGACACCGGGGUGGAGGUCAUGGGCCAGCGCCUGCGUUUCGAGGAGGCUCGUCCGGGUACUCCCUGCAGAAGUCCACGACCCUACCACCAAGACUCACGCCAGUCAAACCACCUCUCUCCAAGCAAGUGUGUUCGUAGGCUGCAGAGGCAACGCUCUUCUCCACGCUACACCUCAAUAGAGGAGCGUCCGCCAUGCUGGAGCAGCAGUAGUAGCCGGCAGACCACCAAGAGCCCUGACAGUGGACUAGACUGCGGCAGUGAGGAAGAGGGUUCCCUUGGUUACCGCGGAGGCUACCAUUCUUACAUGGGGGGCAGCCCACUGCGCGUAGGUUCUGGCCCCAACAUGCGGUUAAUCCACAGCGAGGGACCAGUGGAGCGGCGCGCUCUUGCUGCUGGCAGGAAAAGGACAUUGACCCGGCAGUGCAGUGUGGAGGAGGACUACCUCAACGCCAUUCCAGAGACAAGGAGCAUGCGAGAGUCGUACCACCACUACCACUACCAUCCGCACCAUCACCAUCCCCAGCGCAGAUUCCGGAGCGAGGGCAGGCUGAGCGAGGUUGGCAGGACCUAUCACAGGGACAUUAGGGCCUACUCUGUGGCCAGACUCAACAGGGCAAUGGAUGAACCCCUGAUUUUAGGGAGCUCUCCCUCAACGGGACGCUCGGAUCGACUGGACCAUUCUGGCCGUAGGACAGGUCAUGGCUGUCCACCUGCUCAGAGAAGACCAAUGACGGUCCCUUCUAUUGAGAUUACCAUGGAGAAUAACAGUGAGGGGAGUGAGGGGAGCCUCUCACCAAUCAAGGACGAUGUUUACUAUACCAAUGUAGCCCACCGCAGGAAAUGGCCCACACAGCGAACAGAGCACCGAUAUGAUGGUUAUGGAGGACGGGAACGGCGGUCUCCAGACUACUAUGAGUCAGAGCCAGAGGACUUGUCUCGAAUCUUUGUGGCCAUGUUUGACUAUGAUCCUCUGUCAAUGUCACCCAACCCUGAUGCUGCUGUUGAAGAGCUUCCCUUCAAGGAGGGCCAGAUCAUAAAGGUGUUUGGAGAGAAGGACACAGAUGGAUUCUACAGGGCAGAGAUCUGUGGCCGCAGGGGCCUCGUCCCCUGUAACAUGGUCUCCGAGAUUCAGACGGAUGAUGAUGAAAUGAUGGACCAGCUGCUCAAACAGGGCUUUCUUCCACUCAACACACCCAUUGAGAAAAUAGUAAAUUGCAAUAGGUUCAAAGAUGGCCGUUCAGUUAAUCGCAGGUCCCGGAAAUCCAAGAGAGAGAGGAACAAAAGGAGUGGAAGACAACAUGCAGUGUCGACGCGGAGGAUGGUGGCACUGUAUGAUUAUGACCCCAGAGAAAGCUCGCCUAAUGUAGAUGUGGAGGCCCACUAUGGGGGCAGCUUGCAGAGCGAGGAGGCUGAACUGACGUUUUGUGCAGGUGAUGUGAUCACAGUGUUUGGAGAGAUCGACGAGGAUGGUUUUUACUAUGGGGAGCUCAAUGGACACAAGGGUCUGGUCCCCUCCAACUUUCUCGAAGAAGUGCCUGAUGAUGUUGAGGUUUACCUCACCAACACCCCGAGCCGCCACCCACAGGACCACCCAUCCCGGACAAAGAACAAAAGGGUCCCGGUGGAAAAAGCGGGCCCUCCCAGAAGAAGUGCCAUCCCCACAGUGCGCCCACACACCCCAGGGCUCUGUGGUUCCGUCUGGAGCCCCCGACCUGAAUCUCAGAAAACAGGACUGCUCUCCAAAGGAAAGAGUCUGUUGAAAAGGCUUGGUGCUGUCAAAUAGUUUCACAUUCAUUCUCCUCACAGCAGCUGGCUUUAGGAGAUUGGAAUUAAGGAGAAAUUGAAGAGGUGGGGAGAAGAAGAAAAAGAAUCUCCCAUCGUCGUUUUUUCACAUAGACUGGAUCAAACAUGGAAAAUAGAAAGCGAAAUGGUGCAAACUAGGGCUUUCAUGACCACAAUGUUGAUGAAACUGUAAACCCAAACUCUGUUUGCCCGUGUUUGAUUCUGAAAAGCACAGAAAUGCUCGCUAAUGUGAGUUAUUAUGAUGUCCUGUCUUAAAAACACAGUAAUCAAAUGCAAUCAAUAUUAUAUUAACAACGACAAUAAUUAUUAUUAUUAUGCUCUCUGUUUUGAUUUAUUGUGAUGUCUUAAAUAUCACUGUAAAAAAGGGAUAAUUA